AUGUCAUCAAGUAUGGUGAACACCACAACAGUGGGAAAUGUGAAUCACCCACCAUCAGAGCCGAUAUUCCUGCAGACAAAGCUGUGUCAGAGUAUAGCAGGACUAUUCGUAUUCGCAGCACUCUUUCUGACAUGCACUCAAAUCUAUCACCAUUUGAGAUGGUAUACCAAUCCUACAGAACAACGUUGGAUAGUCAGGAUCCUGUUUAUUGUCCCAAUUUAUGCAGUCUACUCAUGGAUAAGUCUAUUAUUCUUCAAUUCUGAGAGUUACUAUGUGUAUUUUUUCACUGUACGAGAUUGUUAUGAAGCUUUUGUCAUAUACAGUUUCCUUUCACUUUGUUAUGAAUACCUUGGUGGUGAAGGUAACAUUAUGUCUGAGAUAAGAGAGAAGCCUAUCAGAACGAGCUGUUUUUAUGGUACUUGUUGUUUCAAUGGUAAAACAUACACAAUUGAAUUCUUACGUUUCUGCAAGCAAGCGACUCUUCAAUUUUGUAUUGUCAAGCCAGUUAUGGCUUUUGUUAUAAUUUUCCUGCAAGCCUUUGGACAUUACCACGAUGGUGACUGGAGUCCGGAUGGUGGAUACCUAUACAUCACAAUAAUUUACAAUAUUUCAGUCUCUUUAGCGUUGUACGGAUUGUUCUUAUUUUAUUUUGCAACAAAGGAUCUAUUGACACCAUUCGAACCUGUUUUGAAAUUCUUCACAAUAAAGUCAGUGAUCUUCCUAUCCUUCUGGCAAGGAGUAGGCCUGGCCAUUCUUGAAAAAGCCGAUGUGAUUUCACCGAUUAUCGACAGUACUGGUACGCAUACAUCUGCUGGUACAGUUUCGGCUGGCUACCAGAAUUUCCUGAUCUGCAUAGAGAUGUUUUUCGCUGCUGUGUCCUUGCGAUAUGCAUUCCCCUACAGGAUCUAUGCUCACGGAUGUAUUACAGACUCGAGAGGGCGCUCUGUUACGAUGCAGAGCAUAUCGAGCAGCCUGAAGGAAACGAUGAAUCCUAAGGAUAUUAUGACCGAUGCCAUCCACAACUUCCAUCCUCAGUACCAGCAGUACACCCAGUACAGUUCAGAUAUUUCCCAUCAACGGUAUGAAAGUCUGUGA